AUGGCUGACGCCAAAUCCAUUCCCGAUGAGCCAAUGCCUCUGGACAUGGACAACCGCGACCCCAACAACCUCAAUGAGCACGUCAGGGUCCUCUUUGAAGAUGCCUUCGGAGAGCCGGAAGGGACGCACAGUAUCGAGGGCGUCUGGGGAAUGUCCUUCAAGACGUACCGCGGGGUGAAGAACUGCUGUUACAUGGUCCUGUCCAUUCUGUGCGGUUGCCCGCUGGCCUUCUGCUGGGCGAUGCAGUUCGCCUGCAUCCAGUGCUGCCACAUCUGGUGCGUCGGGCCCUGCAUACGCAUGUGGAACAUGAAUCUGGCCUGUAUGAAGAUGUUCUGGGCCUCCUGCAUCCACUGUAUGUGCGACCCGUGCUACGAGGCCUUCGGCUUGUGCUUCAGCUUCAUCCGGGUCCAGAUGAAGAACGGAUAAAGAUGGCGCCCCGUUAUCGCUCAGUGCCACAAACCUCACAGAUUCCGACCUACGCUGGGCAUCCACCGACCCGGAGGCAGCCAUAUUGUCUCCUGGCAGAGGAACCCAAAUUCACCUUCUAAGGACACUCAACCAUGAUGGUCCACUCCACCCGCCUUGACCACACCGGCUGCGGCAUCGGCUAGUGACCUCAGAGAGGCACCAUCCUUUAAGAUCCAUCAAGGUGCUAAAGGCAUGCUAAAAUGGCUCCUCAGUAAACAUUACGGUAGGUCAUCUUAGCAUGCCUUAAGCGCUAUUGCAGGGCCAUUGAGGGUCUCGUGCCUCGCCGGUGGUCAAUACACAAGUAAUGCUGCUAUGAGAAUCUUGGACUAAUGCCUCGUUUCCACUGAGCGGAUCGGUUCGGGUCGCUUAGAAUGGAACGGGUUAGAAUGGUCCGGUGUAUU